AUGCCUAUGGAGCUUUGGUCGUUCGAGAAGGGCUCUGUAAGCGCUGGAGUUGGUUUUGUUUGUGCCAGGGAUGUGGCAAACAGUCUCUUGUACGCGACUCUCAUGUCAGAAGGUGAGGCACCAGGCAUCUCAGAUGCAACGAAGAGUGCAAUCCGGACUUUAUUGGACCUGGCUGAGGCCUGUAGCACACGAAAGAUCAUCAUGGGCUUAAGUCCGGAGCAUGCAAGUUGUGAGGGGCUGGCAUGCUCCCUUCUUCGAUUGGGAUUUCAGGUCAUCUCGGUUCGCAAGUGCCCCGUCUUGAACGCCGCGCUUUUGCUCGAGUUCGAUAUGGGCCCACCUGCGCCUCUUCGAGGCAACUAUGUCAUCUCAUCAGAUUACACCUGCAGUGGAACAUCCGAGUGCUCCACAUCCGCAGAGGACCAUGAUCAUCUCCAGUGCGAUUCGGAGUGUCAGGAUAGCGACUAAAGCCUUCAUGGCGCCCCUCGUCACAGCCUUCGUCAGAGCCCGCGUCUCGAUUUUGCCUUUACGCUCCGAGUUUGUACACUACUACUAGCAAGUACAUCGCUACUAGUAACAAGGCCAUUACUUAGUAACAAGAAGCUACUAGUAGCGAUACCGCUCCUUUUGUUUCACAGGCUGGCGGCCUGUGGGCCCCGUUCCUUAGGAGCGGUCUCUUUCUCACCGGCAGUGGCGGGGCAGCGGUCCUGAAGGAAGCUUAAUUCCAGGACAUUGUUUGUCAAAUUUUUGAAAUUGUUUUGUCAAAUUUCAGUCUAGAAUCCUAGAAGUUCAUAAGCCCUGCUGAGAUGAUUUGUAUUGAAUAAAAAGAGAAACAAGUGAUGAAAUAAGUGGAUUGAUGUUUCUCGUUUCCAAUGCUUUUUCAUUCCUUGAUGUUUUGACCUAGGCUGCGACCUUGUUCGCCAUAAAUGAAUCGUCUCGCCGGGCUGCGAGGUGUGCAUGG